AUGGCUUUGCAAGUCAGUUUGCCUGAUCAAUUGGCUUUUGGCGCUUCCACCACCAGAAGUUCCCAGAUUAACUACAUCCCCGACGAUUACCACCGUAAUGAUGGUGUUAAUCAUCGCAUGAACGGUUAUGCUUAUCGCGGGGAUCUGUAUCCAGAAUGGGGAAAGCCGAAGUUGGGGAAGGAUGAGUUUCUGUCUACAACCGGAGGAUCCGUCGCCAGUGGAGCUGAGAAGUGGAGUGAUGCAUGCCCUCGGCCUACAAAGGGCACCACAAGUUUGGCUUUUAGAUACAAAGGAGGGGCUCUUGUAGCUGUUGGCCAUCCACCAGACGUUAGCACAACAAUAUGCUACGGGUGCUUUGGAUUUCACGUUUGA